AUGCUAAACAGCUGUCUUCGUAGAUACUACGUGGCAGGAGUCAACGUCACCGUAGAUGAACAAUUGUAUGCUUAUCGUGGUGGAACUGCCUUCACGCAAUACAUACCAUCAAAACCUUCCAAAUAUAGGAUAAAAGUGUGGUGGGUGUGCGAAUCCAUUACGUCCUAUCCAUUGCAGGGACAAAUCUAUACAGGAAUGGCACGGUCUGGUGAACGUGAAAGAAACGUUGGCGAAAGAGUAGUAAAGGAUUUAUGUGUCAACCUUUUUGGUGGAAGUGGAAGAAAUAUUGUAUGUGACAACUUUUUCACCUGCUACAACUUGGCAAAAUCUUUGAUGAUAGACAACAAUUUAUCUAUAUUGGGUACUUGCAACAAAAACCGUACAUUCGUGCCGGCAGCAUUUGCCAACCCCAAAGGACGUAGGGCUGAAUCAUCAAUGUUUGGGUUCUAUAAUCACAUUACGAUGUGCUCGUACAUGCCCAAGAAAAACAAAGCAGUUGUAAUAUUGUCCACUACUCAUUAUACAACAGAAACGGCCGGUCUUAAGAGAAAGCCAUUGCUUAUAUUGGACUACAACAAAACCAAAGGUGGCGUUGAUAACAUGGACAAGUGCUUGUCCGAAUUUAGUACCAAGCGGCGUACAAAUAGAUGGCCUUUGGCUUUCUUUCUAGAUGGCCCAGGUUUGGUGCGUGUUGAACGUGAAAAGAUUGAAAAAAAGCGUCCUUUCAAGAAGUAA